AUGGAUGCCGCUGGAGCCUCCUGCUCCAGCAAGGAGGCUGUGGCAAGGGAGCUGCUUCUGGCUGCACUGGAGGAUCUGAGCCAGGAGCAACUGAAGCGCUUUCGCCACAAGCUACGCGAUGCACCCCUGAAUGGCCGCAGCAUCCCAUGGGGGCGACUGGAGCGCUCAGAUGCUGUGGACCUCGUCGACAAGCUGAUGGAGUUCUAUGAGCCAAUACCAGCCAUAGAAAUGACCCGACAGGUCCUGAAGAGGUCGGAUAUUCGAGAUGUGGCAUUGCGACUCAAGGAGCAGCAGCUGCAGAGCAUUGGUUCCAGAGUAGCGUCAAGCCCAUUCCUAUCUUCCGCGAUCUUGUGCCUUGCAGAAUACAAGAAGACAUACCGUGAGCACGUACAACGAAAGCAUGCUAAGGUGAAAGAGAGGAAUGCCCGCUCCGUGAAGAUCAACAAGCGCUUCACCAAGCUGCUCAUCGCGCAAGGGAGAGGCGCUGUAGAGGACGAGCUGCUGGGACCAUCAGGGGAGCCGGAGCCCGAGCGCGCUAGGCGCUCGGACAGGCACACUUUUAAUAGGCUCUUCCGGGGAAAUGACGACGUGGGCCAGCAUCCGAUGACCGUGGUGCUGCAGGGCCCGGCAGGCAUAGGCAAAACCAUGGCCGCCAAGAAAAUCCUCUACGACUGGGCAGCAGGCAAGCUAUACCACAGCCAGGUGGACUUUGCCUUCUUCAUGCCGUGCGGAGAGCUGCUGGAGCAGCAGGAUCCGCGCAGUUUGGCAGACCUGAUCCUGGACCAGUGCCCGGACCAGGCUGCGCCGGUGAAGUGGAUGCUGGAACAACCCAAUCGCCUACUAUUCAUCCUGGACGGUGCAGACGAGCUGCCUACUUUAUCAGGCCCAGAGGCCACUCCCUGCAAAGACCCUUUCGAGGCUACAAGUGGCUUGAGAGUGCUCAGCGGGCUGCUGAGCAAGGAGCUCUUACCAUCUGCUCUCUUGCUUGUCACGACACGCAGUGCUGACCCCGGGAGGCUGCAGGGCAGACUGUGCUCGCCACAGUGCGCAGAAGUUCGCGGCUUCUCAGACAAAGACAAGAAAAAGUAUUUCUUCAAGUUCUUCCUGGACGAGAGGAAAGCGGAGCGCGCUUACCGCUUUGUGAAAGAUAACGAGACGCUAUUUGCUCUGUGCUUUGUGCCCUUCGUGUGCUGGAUCGUGUGCACAGUGCUGCAACAGCAGCUGGAGCUGGGCCAGGAUCUGUCCCGUACCUCCAAGACCACUACUUCUGUGUACCUGCUCUUCGUCAUCAGCAUGCUGAAGUCUGCAGGCACCAAUGGAGCCCGGGUUCAGGGAGAGCUGCACAUGCUCUGCCGCCUGGCCCGGGAGGGCAUCCUGAAUCAUAAAGCACAGUUCUCAGAAAAGGACCUGGAGGAACUGAAGCUUCAGGAUUCCCAAGUUCAGACAAUAUUUCUCAGCAAGAAGGAGCUGCCAGGAGUCCUAGAAACUAUGGUCACCUACCAGUUCAUUGACCAUAGCUUCCAGGAGUUCUUGGCUGCAUUGUCAUACCUACUAGAGGCUGAGCGAGCUCCAGGGACCCCUGCAGGAGGUGUGCAGAAGCUCCUGAACUCUGACGCGGAGCUGCGUGGUCAUCUUGCACUCACUACUCGAUUCCUCUUUGGCCUGCUAAGUAAGGACAGGAUUGGUGACAUUGGAAAGCAUUUUGGCUGUGUGGUGCCAGAGCAUGUGAAAAAGGACACCCUACAGUGGGUACAAAAACAGAGCCACCACAAGGGGGUACCAGUAGGAGCAAAUAAGAAUGAUGAGCUAGAGGACACAGAGGAAGCAGAGGAGGAGGAGGAGGAUGAAGAUCUCAAUUUUGGACUGGAGCUGUUGUACUGCCUGUAUGAGACACAGGAGGAGGAUUUUGUUCGCCAGGCUCUCAGCAAACUUCCAGAGAUAGUACUGGAGCGAAUUAGGUUGACCCGCAUGGACCUUGAGGUUCUGAGCUACUGUGUGAAGUGCUGCCCAGAUGGUCAGGCUCUGAGACUGGUGCGCUGUGGGCUGGUGGAGGCAAAGGAGAAGAAGAAAAAGAAGGGUCUGUUGAAGCGGCUGAAGUCAACAGGUUCUCAAAGCACCAAGAAACAACCCCCUGUCUCCUUGCUGCGUCCACUCUGUGAGACUGUGACUACCCCACAGUGUGGUCUGAGUAUCCUGAUCUUGUCACAUUGCAAACUCCCUGAUGCAGUUUGUCGAGACCUUUCUGAGGCCCUGAAGAUAGCUCCUGCUCUAAGGGAGCUGGGCCUCCUCUGGAUCCGGCUCACUGACACAGGUCUGCGUUUACUGAUCGAAGGCCUGGCUUGGCCCAAGUGCCAGGUGCAGACACUCAGGAUGCAGCUGCCUGGCCUCCAACAGGUGAUCCAUUACCUGGUCAUCGUGCUCCAGCAAAGCCCAGUCCUGACCACUCUGGACCUCAGUGGCUGUCAGCUGCCUGGCCCCAUGGUGGAACCUCUCUGUUCAGCCCUGAAGCACCCUAAAUGCUGCCUAAAGACCCUCAGUCUGACCUCUGUGGAGCUGACUGAAAACUCACGGAGGGACCUUCAAGCUGUGAAGGCAUCAAAGCCAGAUCUGGACAUCAUAUAUUCAAAAUGAGGCACACAUCUCAGCCUCUGAAGGGAUAAAGCAGUGUCUUCUGAGGCCCUGGAGUCCAGGACAGGAUGGAAGAUGCUGUAGCCAAAGUCCUUCUGAAUAUGUCAUCCCCAUUCAAAAGCAAGAUGCCAGCUUCUCCCUCCUGGCAAGUCUUUCAAUCCAAGAAGCCACAGAAGGGCAAGCAAAAGACCCAAGUAGCUAUAGGCCCUUGAUAAUCCUGAACAGGCCUGGCCCAUGCCCUGCCCUGGAUGCUCUGAGAUUAGUCUUCCCUCAGCCCGACAACCACUGAUACCUUCCUUUCUGGGCUCACCAUUCUGUCCCUUGAAGAUAAUCCCAACAGUAAUAGAAGCAUUCAGUAACAGGGCAUGUUGUUGAAUGAUGUCACUCAUCUGUGAUCUGGCUCCCAGCUGUCAUAUGGGUGGAUGUA